ACCGCUGGGUGUCUGAGACAACAGAGCCGCUAGGCUCGGAGAAUUCUCCGAAACGGCGAGUGGCGGCUGAGGAGAGGGAGCCGACGAGAACGCCCAAAAGAAAGAAGGAAAAGCAGAGACAGUCCGAGGCAGGGUCUGAGACGCGGCGCGCUGUGCGACUUUAUGCUCCGGCAGGGUCGUGCGCACGCGCGGUAUGCUUACCUACCUGCGUACACGUCGCGUGGCAUCACCGCACGGAGGACCUGCUCCGGCGCGAGCGCCCCAUGCGCUGGCAGCGCGCGCACAUGCGACGAGGCCUCUCCUAGCAGAUACGUGCUCCGCCCCCCUGUGUGCGCUGUAGGCAGAGUCUACCUCAGCACACUGCUCAUCUCCGCGCUGGGGGAGGGACGUGCGUGUACUGGCCGACGCCGGCGUGGCGCUGAGACCGCGACUGAGGCGAAAGAAAAACAGGCUCCCCCAGCAGAGCAGGCGAGCGACAAAAAAAGGGGGGGCGGCCAGACACGCACUCGCGCGCUCGGGGGGCGGCGAGCGGGAAUAGGGGCUCAAGGCGCGAAGUCCCCGCGUCUCGGGCCCGUCGCCGGCGCGCUCGUCUGGCUCUCCCUCCCUACCCGCGCUCGCCCACCCUUGCGCCGACGUCUGGUCUCGCGCUCGCGCCUGCAUGCCAGACACGCAUGCACGCAGGUACACAUCCCCGACGCCCUUCCGCCAGGAGAGCGUAUACGUGAGCAAGAGAGAGGCAGCGCGCGCGCCUCAGACACAACACCCCUCCCCCUCGGCCCUGUGCGCCCUCGCCUCAGACCAGUGACAGCCAGGUCGUGCAGCAUCCGCGGCCCACCAAUGGGCCGUAGGCCCCGAGCGGCUGGGUCGAUGACACGUCGACUUCAGCGCGGCGGGACGUGAUACGCUGGAGCAAGGCCCCUCGCCCUCCUUUCUUUCUCUCUCUCUCUUCCGAGCGGGGUGCCUGGUACAGCCCGACGGCAGGCGGGCAGCAUAGGCAGGUGAGACAAGCGGGGAGGCAGGUUAGCGCCUGUUCCGCCGUGCGCGCUCCCGGCGCCCGGGUCGACGCCGGGGCGUAGGUGAGGUUGGCUAAAGGGGGCCCCCCAGGGCCACCCCGGAGACGUCUCCGGACGGGGCGGGGAGCGGUGUCCUCCCUGUCCUCCCCCCCUUCUCUCCCCCGGAGCCACGGGGAUAGGGGAUGGAGAGACAGGUGGCGGCGGUGGCGGGAGGUGGUACUCUAGUCGUUGGGUACGAAGACGCG